AUGGCGGCCGAUUUGGAAUCAGCCCACGAGAAGACGACGGCCGCAUCGCAAGACGGCCACCUUGAACAACCAUCUAGCGAGCCUGAAGGGGCUGCGACUGACCAAGAGACAAAGGACGAUGUUGUCGAAUGGGAUGGACCAGAAGACCCCGAGAACCCGCGGAACUGGCCAGCAUGGAAACGCAUGAUCCAAGUCGUCUUUGCCAGCGCUUUCUUGCUCCCUGCCAACCUCGCCGCGACAAUGUUUGCACCUGGAGCUGCUGCACUUGCCAAGGAGUUCCAUAUCACGAGUCCUACCGUUGUCAGUCUCACCGUGUCGAUCUACCUCUGCGGCUUCGCCGUCGGGCCAAUGUUUAUUGCACCGCUAUCCGAGUUGUACGGACGGCUCGUCAUUUACCACAUCUGCAACGUCAUCUACAUCGGCUUCAUGAUCGGAUGCGCGCUGAGCAAAAACACUGGCAUGUUUCUCGUCUUUCGAUUCCUUGCCGGAUGUGCCUCUUCGGGUCCAUUGACAGUAGGCGGAGGGACCGUCGCCGACGUCGUCCCGCCAGCUCAGCGUGGCAAGGCAAUGUCUUUAUUCGCCAUGGGACCACUUCUGGGACCGGUCUUGGGCCCAAUCAUCGGUGGCUUUGUGUCCGAAUCGAUCGGGUGGCGAUGGACGUUUUGGAUCAUCACAAUCCUUGCAGGAGUAGCAUUCGCAACAUCAAUCUUUUUCAUUCGCGAGACCAAUGCCAACGUGCUGCUGGAACGGAAAGCUGCCCGCCUCCGCAAAGAAACCGGCAAUGCCGCUCUGGUUUCGAAGUUGAAUCGAGGCUUGACCCCCCGCCAGUUAUUCCUUCGCGCCAUCAUUCGACCGACGAAGCUUCUCAUCCUGUCGCCGAUUGUACUCCUCCUCGCGCUUCUUUGCGCGUUCGUUUUCGGUCUCCUCUUUCUACUGUUCACGACGUUCCCCACGGUCUUUGAGGAACAAUACCACUUCUCCACCGGCGUUUCUGGCUUGUCCUACCUAGGCGUCGGCAUCGGAAUGGCCGUCUCUUUGGCGGUCUUUGCCAACGUGAGCGACAAGAUGCAAAAGGCACAUGGAGGAGAUUCGCCACAACCCGAGGGCCGUCUGAAGCCCAUGAUGUGGGUCAUGCCCGCCGUACCGGCCGGCAUCUUCUGGUACGGCUGGACGGCCGAGAAGCAGACUCACUGGAUCGUUCCCAUCCUCGGCACCUCCUUGUUCGGCUUCGGCUUCCUCUGGAUCACGAUGCCCGCUCAGCUGUACAUGGUGGAAGCUUUUGGCCCCGAGGCCGCCGCCUCCGCGCUGGCUGCGAACGUGAUCCUCCGCCUUCUCUUUGCGGCUUUCAUCCCUCUCGCAGGACCGUCCUUGUACGCGGACCUGGGACUCGGGGUGGGGAACACCGUCCUAGGUUCAAUAGGCGUGGCCUUUCUCCCGGUGCCAUUCUUCUUCUAUCGUUACGGAGCGCGGCUCAGGGAGCGUUUUGCUGUCAAGCUAUAA